AUGACUGAUGGUAUUUGUGGCUACACUUGUCGAACGGAUCCGGAACUAGAUCACGACACGCAGCUCAUGUACGUGCUAUACUGGAUGGAACUUUUGGACCUUUUGUGGGCAGCGCGCUUGAAUCGGGCUUUUAUACAAUUGCAAGAUGCACGAACCGUUGCAGGAGCUUCUUUCCCUACACCUGAGCAUGCACAUCGUGUUGCUGCUGUGUUGGGUACAUCAACGACAUUGGUUACAUCUAGGACGGGUGAACUGGCACUCCAAAGCCAGCCACAGAUACCCGCGCUCUGUCAGACAGAUUGUGUUCGCCUACGCGACGAAAUUUUGCAUGCGAAAGAGCAGCUGUUUGGCUGGAUGCGUGAUCAGCUGGGAGUCCCUCGGCCACCAACCAUUGAUGAUGCGUGGCCCGAAAUCGAGAAUGAACAGCCAAGAGUAGAGCAGAUUGAUACCAGACAAGAAGAGUUAUUUCUGAAUGACAUGGAGCAAAAAGAAAUGGGCCUGAAUAAGUCAACAGAAAAGGCUUUAGAUCAGGCUUAUGGGACUGCACGGACCGCUGAAGACGAUGAUCAUGGUGAUAUGUCGAAUGAGGAAUAUCUUACAGAUUUAGGACACAAGAAUACGAACGGCUCGCAAAAAGCACCAUUUGAUGAGGAUGCCUGUUUACAGACAUCGGAAAUAGACCCGACAUGUUCUCGAUCAGGUGAUACAGCAAAGGAUCAGCAAGAUAACCCGAAAGCAGACUCGGUUACAGAUGUUUCGGUGCGAGAGUCGGAUAACCAUUAUAGGCGUUUGUUUGAAACAAAGGUACGCUGGUCACGCUAA